UUACAUUGUAUAUAUUGUGAAUAUAUAUAUAUAUAUAUAAAAAGAAAAAGAAAUGGAAACUUCAGAAAUUGUAACAGAUGAGUUUUUAAAUAAAGAAAAUAAAGAAAAUCAAUAUGAAGAACUACAAAAACCCUUUGACUUCCCACCAUUAAUUAAUAAUGGUUUUGAUCUUGAACGUCGCGGAUCAAACGAUUCGAAUUUUUCUCUUCGUCCAAGUUAUAAGCAAAAAUUUAAACCUUCUAUUGCGAGAACACUCAUUCAGCAAAUUUUAAAUCAAAGGUUAAAUAAUGCGUUAUAUGAUAAGGAUCAAGCUCCAGGUUGGGCUCAUGAAAUUUCUCACGAAAUAAAACAAAAAUUAAUAGAUUUAGAAUUGACUCGAUAUAAAUAUAUCGUUAACGUAACAAUUAUGGAGAAUAAAUGUGCUGGGGCAAGAAUCCAAUGUACUUGUGCUUGGGAUAUGGAUACCGACAAUGUUGCACAUGAAACUUUCAAGAAUGAUUCCAUUGUAUGCACAAUCAUGGCGUUUGGCGUUUGUUUCUAUUGAAAUUAUUCCUUUUUGGGUCGCGCGAGUAAGUAAAAAAAAAAUUUUUUUUUUUAUUAAUAAAAAGAUUAUAUAUGUGAUAAAUUU